CGACGUUGCUGGGAACGAACGAGGCCUGCCGCGCCUUUGCCACUUUGCUUUGAGAGAGGUGUGCGGUACGCAGUAACUUGGCAGUAACCUCCUUUCUCAGCGGUGUUUCUCUUUUAUGGAAGAUCAGCAGACACAUAGCCAUUCUACCGUGUUGCUUUCUCAUGGAUGGCGUGCUGAUUUAAGGAGAUAGUGCGAACCUUUGUGGCGCCCUUGCACGACAGAUCUAGGGUGGCGAGAAGGCGAGAUGCAAUUCACGCGUUCAUCCAAUUGGACAAACGUCCACAAGUUUUUCGUAUAAAAAGGCUUCCCACAUCUACAUCUACAACCACAAACCCAUCCCUCUAUCAUCAUGGUUCUAGUCGCAAUUGAAUCCGUUGCAUCCCCCAACCACUACGUCCGCCUCGACGGGCAAGGUGUCACUAGCUUCACCGGCUCGGGUGGUGGCACCGUCAACACCCAAACCUUCAUCGGCACCUACGAAACCUACACUCUUGUGGUGAACGACGACAAGACUGUCUCAUUCAAGUCCACCGUCUUCGACAACGUUUUCCUCCGCCUCGAGGCGACUGGUGUCGCCGCGGGCCAGCUUCUUGGCCCUGGCGGGGGCACUGUUAACGCUCAGUUCACCGCUCGCUCUUUGGAGCGAUUCAAAAUUCACAAGAAGGAUGACCCUGCUGGAAAGUACCAGGGAGUUGUUGGCAUUGAGUCAGCUGCUAACCCAGGGAGGUUCUUGAGGGUGGAUGUCAGUGCGAAUAAGGUCAAUGUGCAGGGUGUGUUCAAGAGCCUCGAAGAGGUCAAGAUUUUGGUUGUAGGUCAGUAGAUAACUCACCAGCGGGCAGACAUGUCGCGGACUUUUAGUACUUUCGAGAGUUGAUGUGAUCGUUGGAAUUCGAAUUUUGUUCCGUUAGUCUUUG